UUCUGUUGGAGUCACUCAACAAGAAUGAGCAAUCAGCCAAUGGCCAAUCCCAAUCCAAGGAGUCCUCACACCCUCAGUUCAGGAAGAUGAGCGGAGACUUCCCAUCGGCCAAUGGAGAGGCUGGUGGGGAGGCCCCCAAGGGCUACACUCAGGACCAGGUAGAUGCAGUGAAGAGGGUCAAGCAGUGCAAGGAUUACUAUGAAAUUCUGGGAGUCAGCAGAGAAGCUUCUGAUGAGGAUCUGAAAAAGGCUUACCGGAAACUGGCGCUCAAGUUCCACCCGGACAAGAACCACGCGCCAGGGGCCACUGAGGCCUUCAAAGCCAUCGGCAAUGCAUACGCCGUGCUCAGCAACCCCGAGAAGAGGAAGCAAUAUGACCAGUUUGGAGAUGAGAAACUCAACCCUGCUCGACAUGGGCACAGCCACUCCGACUUCCACCGUGGCUUUGAGGCAGACAUCUCCCCUGAGGACCUCUUCAACAUGUUCUUUGGGGGUGGUUUUCCUUCUAGUAACGUUCACGUGUACAGCAACGGUAGGAUGAGGUACACCUACCACCAGAGGCAGGACAGGAGGGAGCACCAGGGUGAUGGUGGCCUGGGGCUGUUUGUCCAGCUGAUGCCCAUCCUCAUCCUGAUCAUUGUGUCUGCCCUCAGCCAGAUGAUGGUGUCCAGCCCACCCUACAGUCUGAGCCACAGGCCGUCUGUGGGUCACACACACAAGAGAGUCACAGAGCACCUGAAAGUCCCCUACUAUGUGUCUGAGAACUUUGCAGAGGAAUACACAGGCACCAACCUGAAGAAUGUGGAGAGGAGUGUGGAAGAUGACUACAUUGCAAACCUCCGGAACAACUGCUGGAAAGAGAAGCAGCAGAAGGAAGGGUUGCUGUACCGCGCGCGCUACUUCGGCGACUCGGAGCUGUACCAGCGGGCGCAGAAGAUGGGCACCCCCAGCUGUAGCAGACUGUCGGACGUUCAGGCCUCCCUGCACGGAUAG